AUGACCCGAUGGGUCACCCGUGUCCCACCCCCCCCUCCUCCCGGGCCCAGAAGUAUCUCCCGAUGGGAUCGGUCACACCCGUACCCCACGCCCCUCCCGGGGCCCAGAAGUAUUGCCCGAUGGGAUCCGUCAGCCGUGCCCCACGCCCCCUCGCGGGCCCCGAAGUAUGGCCCGGUGGGAUCGGUCACCUACGCCCCCCCACCCGGGGCCCAGAAGUACGGCCCGAUGGGAUCGGUGACCUACGCCCCCCCACCCGGGGCCCAGAAGUAUGGCCCGAUGGGAGCGGUCACCCGUGCCCCACCCCCCCACCAGGGGCCCAGAACAGGCACAAAUAAGGCCGUCACCAUCAUCACCAUCAAGACGGGCGCCGGCGUGACGGGUUCAGAGGCAAAUGAAGUGACGUGCCAUGGGACGGGCGCUGGUGACGCGAUCGCUUAA